UCGGGGUGUUGCGCUGGCGCACGUAGUCAUCAUUGCUCGUAUGUUGCCGCCGGAUGAAGGAAGUCAGAUUUGAUUUCAUAUGAAUUAUAUUUCGUUUUGUUUUGUGUAACUUUUCUCGACUGUUUGAGAUAAGUUUCGAUGUUUGGCCCGUUAUAUUUUAAGUGAUUUAUAAAGUGUAUUAGAAAUAAUAAAUAUUUCAAGAUAAGAAUUUACGAAAGGCUAGAGACAAUAUCCCCCACGAUGAAGAUUUCAUAUGUUAUAUGCUUCACCGUAUUAAAUUUAUGGACAUUUACGAGAGGGGAAUUGUUCACCGCCAUCUCUGAUGUAGAGCCUCUAUUGGAGACACACAGGAAGAUUAUAGAUGAUUUAGACGAUUAUAUAAACAAGGAGGAGAGGAGGUUAUCCAUUUUAAAGAGGCAUCUAUUUAAGUAUAAAAAUGAACACGAGAAAGCGAUGGAUGACAUCCCCAAUUAUUUGGGUAAUCCAAUAAAUGCAUUUACAUUGAUAAAAAGACUGACAACAGAUUUGGAUAUAAUUGAGAAGGACAUCGUAGCGGGCACAGCAUAUAUUAAGAAUAUUACGAUACUGAACAAUCACAGCGAAGUGAAGUACCCAACACUUGAGGAUCUAGUAGGUGCCGCACAGGCGCUCACAAGGCUACAAGAGACCUACCACCUCGACGUGACCGAUCUCUCUGAAGGAAGAUUGAACGGUGUGAUUUAUAGAGAUUCGCCAACAAUUUCUAAAGAUGAUUGGAUAGCAGUGUCUACGUCUAUGAGCUCCAGCGACUGUUACGAGCUAGGCAAGGCAUUGUACAAUGAAAGAGACUAUACCAACGCGCUGGCGUGGAUGAUGGAGGCAUUGCGCAAGUACUCCGAGAACGACGUAGAGCGCACAUUCACAGAAGUGGACAUUCUCGAGUAUAUUGGCUUUUCUCAUUACUUGCUAGAUGAUGUGAAAACGGCGUUGUUAUGGACAAAGAAGCUACUUGAAUUGGAUCCAAACCAUACGCGCGCCCUUGGUAACCUACCCCAUUAUAACAAGGCCAUGGACGAGAUUGAAGCAAAACGGAAGCAAAGACUGCGCGGGGAUACCGGAGAAGUGGAUAUAGAUGAAUAUAUAGUAGAUGAUGAUAUUACGCAGAAAAAGCCAGUAGAACUUACCACGUAUGAAAAAGAAAGAAAGGCGUACGAAGCUUUGUGCCGCGGGGAGAUGGAAAUAUCUAAAGAAAUAUCUAAAAAAUUAUUUUGCCGCUAUCUCACAGAAAAUCACCCGUUCCUGAAAUUGGCGCCUGUGAAAAUGGAAUAUAUGUACCUGAAUCCUGAUAUUAUGGUUUUCCACGAGGUGUUGAGUGAUUUAGAGAUAGAACAUAUCAAGGAAAUGGCGAAACCGAGGUUCCGACGUGCAACAGUACACGAUCCUAAAACGGGUGAACUGGUUCCCGCUAACUAUCGCAUCAGCAAAUCCGGCUGGCUCAAAGAUGAGGAGUCGCCGAUGAUUGCGAGAGUUUCUCGCCGCGUUGCCGAUUUCACUGGUCUGAACAUGAUGUCCGCUGAAGAGUUGCAAGUGGUCAAUUACGGCAUCGGCGGUCACUACGAGCCACAUUUCGAUUUUGCUCGGAAACAAGAACAGGCAUUCGAAAAAUUCAACGGGAAUAGAAUAGCGACUGUAUUGUUUUACAUGUCGGAUGUAGCGCAAGGCGGUGCGACAGUAUUCACCGAGCUUGGCCUGAGCGUUUUCCCCGUGAAGGGCGCGGCUGUGUUCUGGCUCAACUUGCACCCUUCAGGUGAGGGUGACUUGGCCACGCGUCAUGCCGCCUGCCCCGUGCUGCGAGGCUCAAAAUGGGUGUGUAACAAAUGGAUCCACCAAGGAGGCCAGGAGCUGAUAAUGCCAUGCGACCUCGAGUACCAAUCGGAGGGCAUGACCCGCACUCCCCUACGACCAGUGUCAAAAACUUUCAGAUAGAGGUUCCUUAACAAGCUACUUAAAAGACCUGGUGUGAAAGGGACUUGAAAAAAGUGCUAAAUGUGUUUAUACUAUUGUUACGUUCUGAUUGAGCGUUGAUAGGCUUUAUAAUAGACUUCAUUACAAACUGAAAUCCAGUGAACAAUAUGUGAGUACAAAAUUAAUCGCCAUUUUAAUUCCUUUUUCUCCGUCGGUUUAUAUAUACAUACGAAAAAGUAAACAAUUUUGAUAUGUACUUUAAUGUAAAUU